UGUGUCACACGAGCUGACAACUGGGAGAGCUUCACAACAAACUAACAGGUGUCCUCCUCCUGCUUCAGGUCCUUUGCCAGUCCGUCAUACCACCUCACCGAUCAACCACACGCGUCUCCUUCCCGUUUAGUUUAACCCCAAAGAAAAACUCCAACCGGGACAAUUUAAUCCACAAAUCAUGCACUCGGCACAGAAAGACACUACCUUCACCAAGAUCUUCGUGGGAGGCCUUCCUUAUCACACCACUGACUCCAGCCUGAGAAAGUAUUUUGAGGUGUUUGGAGACAUCGAGGAGGCUGUUGUUAUCACCGAUCGGCAGACGGGGAAAUCCAGAGGUUAUGGAUUUGUGACCAUGGCAGAUCGGGCCUCAGCUGACCGAGCAUGUAAGGAUCCCAAUCCCAUUAUAGAUGGAAGAAAAGCCAAUGUGAACCUGGCCUAUCUGGGGGCCAAACCCAGGGUCAUUCAACCAGGUUUUGCAUUUGGUGUGCCUCAGAUCCAUCCAGCGUUUAUCCAAAGACCAUAUGGGAUCCCGGCCCACUACGUCUACCCUCAGGCCUUUGUCCAGCCCAGUGUGGUGAUCCCUCAUGUACAACCCUCUGCUGCUACAGCAACAGCCGCCGCUGCUGCUGCAACUUCCCCUUACCUUGACUAUACUGGGGCAGCUUAUGCCCAGUACUCUGCUGCUGCCACUGCUGCCGCCGCCGCUGCAGCUGCUGCUUAUGAUCAGUACCCUUAUGCGGCCUCGCCGGCACCUACGAGCUACAUGACCACAGCCGGGUAUGGAUACACCGUACAACAGCCGCUCGCUACUGCUGCAACACCUGGAGCUGCUGCGGCUGCCGCAGCCUUUAGCCAGUAUCAGCCACAGCAGCUUCAGACAGAUCGCAUGCAGUAAACUCACAAAGACCACCUUCAUGCCAGGGAAGAGGGGAGAUUCGCUCCUUCAGUGAAGACAUUAAAGUUAUGAGAUUGAGUUUUUUCAACUUUAUACCCCAGAGCCUGAAGGAAAUAUGGAGCUACAUGAAGAAUAACUGUAUAUUUUAUUCAAGUGAGAUCAGUUUUGGAUGUAUAUGAAUAUUUAAUAUUUAUUCAGCAUUAAAACAUUUCAUGUUAGAUAAAGAAAAUUUGCCUGAUCUUGUGAGAACUGUUGCUGAGUUUUAUAUAUAUAGCGCAGUCUCUUUCAUAUGGAACUCCCAAGUGCAUAUUAUAUCUUAUGAUCAGGUUUUUUCUUCUACAAUUUGAAAACAAAAACACUUUCAGAUGUACAAGAACAGUGGGUUAUAUCAUCAUCCACUUCAGUAUUUAUUAGUAUCGGACCAUUAUUUUUGUUUGGAAGGGCAGCGUACCUUUAGUCAGAAGUGUUUUGUUAUGACAAAUUUUUAAGCAGCAUUUAGAAUGAAAUAGAGUAGUUUCACUUCAGUGGUUUGCUUUACAAUGUAUUUCUUGAUGGCAAAUGUGAAAUAUGACAACUGUAGCAAGUAAAAGCACUCAUCUUCACCUCUCUUUGCUUAAGCAAAUGAGAAGGAGAAACUGCUGAAUGUGAAUCUUGUAUUUUGAUAAAAUGUUUUCACUGUGUGCCUUUUUAAAUUAUGCUAUUUAUGUAUUUAUUCAGGAGCCUUGGAGCAAUAAACGCUUUAUUUAACACAUGUAAGUAAAUGGCCUGCUGUUGAACAUGCCCACGUGUCCUGCUGCAUUUCUCAUGAUCAAUAGCAUGUAAUGACUAAGUUAUCUUGGUCUGACUGAACUCUGUUCUGUACAUUGAACAAGUGUGUGAACGGUAACUAUACGUUUAAAACUUUUUUUGUUAUUUUUUUCUAGUUCUAUUUUUUUUCCUAAAGUUUGAAACUCUUAAAUGUAUCUUUUUAUACUUGACCUGUUUGGUGAGGACAGCGCUUGUACCGCAUGAACUUUUAACUUGUUCAUAUGUGCUGUGUAUUAUGUCUUUCGACAUCAAAAUUUUUCAAAUGCAGGUACAUGAGCUGUUUAUAUUGUAAUGCAUGAUUCUAAAUAAUGUAAUUUGGGAAAUAAAUUGAAAUUUUCUUCAUA